CUGCAACUCUCUACACAACCACGACCAUGUUGCCACUCAGGCAGUCUGUCUUUAUCGUUCUCUUGGCGUUGCUUCUAGGAGCUUACUACAACGGAAACUUCAUUAGUGAAAGUCCUCCCCAAAAACCUGAUUCAAAUGAAUACGAACCAGAGCGCUUUCGCUGUCGUCCGUUCCUUCCGAAACUCUUCUCACCCAACACACCCAUCGAUCAGCAUAACGAGAUACAGCUUGCUUCACAUCGUCUUCGCAGCUUCCUAGCGGAUAGGUUCUCAUCCGGGGAUAUAGACAGUCUCUCUGUUGCUGUUGUGACUCCCGGUGGCACUGUGUUUGAAGAGAAUUAUGGUAUGAGACGUGGGAAUGAGUCAAAAACUUCUCUUCCAACCGACAGUCAUUCAGCAUACCGGAUCGCAUCAGUCACGAAGCUGUUCACGGUACUGGAAGGUCACAUUCUCGCACAGAAGCAUAUUAUAUCUUGGGAUGACCCAGUCAACAAGUACUUGCCCAGGUUCAUGUAUCGCAAUGAUACCAUCAGCAAACAACAUCAUGAAAAUUCUCCUGUUACCCUUCUUCAGCUUGCCAGCCAUGUGUCUGGCCUAGGAAGAGAUUGGCCUCCUGGUGAUGUAGCAAAUUGGCCUAAGGAUCUUGUAGGCGCAGGUCCCCCUCCCACUAAUGGAUUACCUUUCCCAAGUCAUGAAUCUCUUUACCAAUCUAUAGAAGAGAACUUUCUUGUCUCUCCCCAAUUUUCAUGGCCUGUGUACUCAAAUACUGGUAUAGGCUUAUUGGGAAUGGCACUUGUUGCUGCGAACCGCCAGGUAAAUGGUCCCAAGGAGCCAAACCUUUUUUCAGAGCUGGUUCAACGUGAUAUAUUUGAUAAGAUACACAUGAAUGACAGCCAUUUUUUGGUGUCUGGGCAGAACAAAGAUAUGGUGGUAGUACCAUCUUUAGCUCCAGAGGUUGCUGAUCAGGACUUUUUAGAUGCCAUGAAUCCUGCAGCUGGACAAUUUUCAUCUUUGAGAGAUUCUGCUAUUUUUCUCAGAAGCCUCCUGAGCUCAGGAACCCAAGGUAGCCUCCUUUCCAAGACUACUUUCAACAACUGGAUUCAUUCUGCACAUGCCUUUGAGGAGGAUGACUGGACAGAAACUGGAUUUGUCUGGGAAAUCAUCAAAGCACUUGACUCCAAUAACAGGUUGAGGCGUAUCUAUUGGAAGCUUGGAGCCAUGGCUGGAUACCACGCAGCUAUUGCAAUCCAUCCUGGCACAAUGUAUGGAGUAUCUGUGCUGCUUUCUGGUCAUUAUCCUGAUGCAGGCAAAAUUGCAUAUGAUGUGUUUGAGGUUUUCCAGCCACACAUUGAUACUGUGCUUGCAGAGCUCGCAACCUCUCUGUAUGUUGGGACUUGGGUCAAUUCCGACAGUAAUACCACUGUUGCUGUUGCCAUUGACAAGGGCACAUUAUAUGUGGACAAGCUUGUCCUAAAUGGGACCAAUAUUUUCACUUAUUUCAAUCCCUUCUCAGACCGACUUGCACUGAGAUCCACUGAACAAUUGGAUGAAUUUCGAAUUGAUAUCGGUAUCCCAUUUUACAAUGGAAAACGUCAUAUGGGCUGUUAUCCAUAUUGGGCUGGAUUGGAUCUAUGGGGUCAGCGCAACCAGGCACCCCUCAAUGUGAUUUAUUUUAGUGGUGAUGCUCAAUUCCGUACAUUACAUGUUCCGUCCACUGGGUCCACAUUACAACGUGAUAUCUAAAGCGUUUUGCUUACUACAUCCCUUGUAGCUUGAAAUUCCAUAGGACUUCUCACUUUUGUCGUAUCUCUUGAUUACUUUGUACUUAUGUUCCAUACUUAAGAUACUCCCAGUUCAGUUUCGACGCAUAUCACGUGCUGGUCACAGCUGUGACCCCGCCAAAAAUCUCA